AUGUUGAUAUGCUCCAUUCACGAAGUGGCAAAGAUGGAUGUAGAAAUUGCCGAUGUUUUGAAAAAGAAGCCUAUUGUGAAUCUAAAACCAGAACCACGGGACUUUCAAAAGCUGAAACUAGGGAAGAUUAAUAAAGAAAACCAGAACGUUGUGUAUCAACGAAGAGAAGGCGAAAAAGUUGUGAAAAGCAUGUUUUUCUUACUUGAGAAGCAUUUAUACCACACAACUACUUUGAACAACAUUUUUGGUAUGGUAGUAGCCACCAAGUCAAAUAACAUUGAUGAUUUGAAGUGCUUCAUAGAUAUGAUCAAGUGGUAUCUCAUGCUCCAAAAUACUCUUCUGAAUAUGAUGACGAAGUUGUUCUAG